GGCAACUCCAGCUGGCUGAGGCUCGCGCGAGGCUGUCCCGAACUCCGCAAGAAGAAGUUGGGCUUAUUCGCGUUCGGUUGGCUGGCCGGGUCGGAUCGUUUUCCGACAGUGUUUGCGCGGUUCGAGCAACAGGUGUGCUGAGAGAGUUUGGAGGAGCCAUAGAAGAAGAAGUGACAGUUUGGGUAGCUGGGAUUGAAUUCGGAGUUUGGGGUGGGAACUAGUGAGCAAGAAGAGGAAACGGCGAUCAAUCGGUAAAGAUCGUUCAACGGGUUCAUGUGUGAGCAAUUUUUGCGCAGACUGAGCAAAAAAUGGAAAGAAGAAAAGAUGUGAUGCUGAAUGAUAUUCUCGUUUGAGAAAAGUGCCAAGAAGUGACGGCAGGUGCGCGCACUAAUGGAAAGCUUAAGAUUCGACAAAUGAGUGAAGAUCAAACAAAGUGUCUGCCGAAGAGAAUCGAUCGCAGCUGGGCAUUAUGUAAGGAGAAGAAAGUAUUAGAAGCAAAAAAGUUGAAGUGAAGUUACGGUCAACUCGACACAGAAGUGCAAUAGAGGAAUACCAAAAAACAUCAAGAUGACAGCCCGCUCAACGCUGGAAACCACAACAAUGCUUCUAACUAGGACAAUUCUGCUACUGUUUCUGCUGUUCUUCAACCCGUUGACAAGUGAAGGUUGCAAGCUGUACUCCAAGAGCAACCUCCGAACGAAAUCCGACGGAGUGCAGUUCCUCCGGUUGAAGGAGGACUUCCCCGUGGGAGGGGAGAUAGUGUCCCUGUACGCGUACCCCCGGAACUCGAUUCUGAUUGCGCGCACCGAGAACUCCAGCGACGGGGAGUACUUUAAGCUGAAGGAGGUCAACAGCACGGUGGUGAGCGUGAUUCUGAACCGCAGUCUGGACGACCUGGUCGACAGUGACGCUCCGCAAAGUAUACUCAAGUUCAGUGUGUUUUGCAGCGGGAGUUCGAUGGUCAUGAACAAGGAUAAUCAGUCGUCAUUUUUCACAAUUACUGUUUACAUUGAAGAUAUUAACGAUAAUGAUCCCGAAUUUAUCAAUCUACCGUAUGCGAUCACGCUGGACGAAUCAACGCCAAUUGAGACGGUGGUGUUUAAUAGAAUUAAGGCAAUUGAUCGUGAUAAGCCAAACACGCCGAAUUCCGACGUCGAGUACGCGAUCGCGCCGAAGCAGAUCAAAAGCGGCGACUUCCCGUUUCGUCUCGAGAGUUCCCAGCGGCCCAAGUUGAUCCUGCAGCGCCCGCUGGACUACGAUGCGGGUCAGCACACGAUGAACGUGCUGGUGAUCGCGACCGACCGUGGGAACCCACCGCGCACGGCCAACGCAACGGUGCGCGUCACGAUACGCGAUGUGGACGACCUGCCGCCGAUCUUCACGCGGGCGGUGUACCGGACCAAGAUGAAGGAGUCGUACCCGGUGACGGGCAAACCGAUUCACGAACCGGUCUACUUUGAUCCACCGAUCGACGCGUUCGAUCAGGACUCGCUGAAUACGACGCUGAUUUUUGGGAUCAUUGCCGGUAACGAUCGGCAGCUGUUCUGGAUGUCACCGGAAACGGGUACGCUGUUUCUGCAGAAGGAGAUUGACCUGGAGGAGGAAAGCCUGCCGGACAACACGAUCAUUCUGCAGAUUGAGGCACGUCAGGCGAACAAUCCGACCAAGAGUGCGCUCGCGAGAAUCGAGCUGGAGAUAAUCGACCUGAACGACAACCUGCCCGAGUUUGAGGUCGAUCUGUACAACAUAUCCAUCAUCGAGAAUCUUCCCAAGGGGUUCAGCAUCCUUCAGGUAAACGCGAUCGAUCGCGAUCAAGCGGAAAAUGCCGAGUUCUACUACUACCUGGCAAACGAGGAUCCGAAAGGGGCGUUCGUGAUCGACCAUAUGAGUGGGUGGAUCGUGGUCAACGAUGAGACGUUUUUGGACAAGGAGACGAGAAACUCGCUAAGGAUGACGGUCAACGCCAUGGAACGAAUCGAGCAGGUCGAUCGUAGUCAGAACUACGGGACGGUUCAGGUGGAGAUCACCUUGCUUGACACCAAUGACAACACGCCGGAGUUUGAGAAGGGAACGUUGUACGAGUUCAAGGCGAACUGUAGCGCCGGAAUGGGGAGCAAGAUCGGGUCAAUCCUGGCGAAAGACCCAGACGAUCGAGGAAAUGGUCAAGUGCAGUACCACAUCAAGAACGUCCGACCCAACCUGGCGAUCCCGUUCAAACUCGACCCGGACACCGGAGACAUAAAGGUGUCGGAACCGCUCUCCUACGGCAAGAUCGCGUUCUUCGUUGAAGCACGCGAUCAACCCCAAAACCCGUCCGAAUCCCGCUUCAACGUAGCGCUCGUCACCGUCGAAAUCGUCUGUCAAUCAAUCGAGGACAUCGAGUUCAUCGGAGCGCCGUACGAAUUCUGGGUCGGCGCUGACGCGCCAAUCGGAAAUUCCGUCGGUCAAAUCCGAACCACGUUCGACUCCAACACGGAGGAGGAGAUUUUCUUCGACCUGCUGCACUCCUACCCGGAGGGUGUUCCGUUCGCGAUCGAGGAGCGAUCCGGCAUCGUGACGGUCAUCGAGGGACUGAACAAGUUCGACCGCCGGUGCUACGAGUUUGAAACGGUUGUGUCGUACCUGCCGAACUCGGAGGGAAAGAUAGCUGAUCAGUUGACGCCGGAGGCGUACAACAACCUGGAGAAAAUCAUCGUUACGAAUGUGACCAUUCACGUGAUCAAGAACAACUUUAUGCUGCUGAGGGGUACCAACUCGACGCCGAUCGAGUUCAAGGUCAAGGAGAACAAGCCGAACACGUUGAUUGGGCAGUUAAAGUUCCAGGACUUUCAGGAGCAGUGCGAAGCGGACGAGAAAGGGUUGCCGCCGUUGAUAUCGGUUCGGGGCGAUCGUAACCGUGGCGAUCGUCAGGUUUUUAACUUGAACGGGAAGAAUCGGACGCGAUAUGGGAGACGGUUCAUUAGGGAUGUGGGCGGGGAUUUCGUCCAGCUGUACCCGCUGGUGGCAUUUGACGCUAUGUACGUUACGAACGGGACGAGGAAGGCAAGGAACUCCAGGUAUUCGAGGACACCGACGAGUGGCGUUCAGUACUCGCUGGUGAACAGCUACGACGUGUCUGACUUGAUUAAACUGACCGAUGAGGGUAAGUUGAUGACGGUGAAGGGGUUAGAUAGGGAGAAGCAAGACAUGAUCAAGGUCACCAUCAUCGCUGAGUAUUUCUACAAACACCGAACGUUCGCCGGAAUCUACCAAGUGUUGAUCUCGAUCGAGGACGAAAACGACAACCCGCCAAAGUUCAACCAGCCGUACUAUUUGGGAGUGAUCGCGGAGAACUCCCCAAUCGGGACGGAAAUCGUACUGAACAACCCGAUCAUCAUCACCGACCCGGAUAUCGGAAUCAACUCCGAGUACGAGUUGGUCCUGUCGGGAGAAUCGAACUCCUUCGCAGCGCAAUUCUCCAACUCUACCCUCUCAAACUACAACAAAACAGUGGCGCACAUCUUCAAGAACCUGCAGAUCGCAAACAUGGACUCGGGCGAGCUGAGCAACCGACGGGUUGACUUUCGCCAGAAGGAGGGCUUCAACGGGUCCACCCCGCACUACAACAUCCUGUUCAUGGGACCGAACAAGCUCGAUCGCGAAGAGAUUGACAGCCUGAGCUUGAAAAUGAUGGCGACCGACCACGACAGCCUGACGUCGGAGGUCGAGCUGAGGAUCUUGAUUUUGGACGUGAACGACAAUCCGCCAAUCUUUGACAAGAUCGCGAUCUUUCGCAAGAGCAAGUGCGAGAUGGUGGAAAAUACGAGCGAUCUGGAGUUGUUCUAUCUGGAUGAGCUGGAGACGGAGGUGCUGCCGGAGUUUAUGAACCGGGAGUCGGCGCGGAUGAGCUACGGUGUUGAUAGCUUGUUCGAUAUGGUCCAGUCGGCGCCGUACGUCGGGAUGCCGCGGUUGUUUGACGGCCAGUUGGUGAUGGGGAAUCGAUCGACGGGGGUGAGGCGGAAGGGGUACAAGCCAAAGGGGAGGUUGAGGAAAACGAGGGCGAUCAGCAAGAAGCCGGGUUUGAGGUUCAGCUUGCCGGAGAACGUGGAGGUUGGCAAGGUGAUCUUGAAGUUGACGGCGAGCGAUGACGACUUUGACAAGAACUCGAAGGUUUAUUACGAGAUCGUGAACCAGGAGGACAAGCUGACGGGUAAUCGGAGCAGUUACUUCCGGAUCGAUCGGGGCUCGGGGGAGUUGAAGGCGGUGAGGCGGUUGCCGCCGGAUAUGGAGGUCAAGCUGAACGUAUCGGCCAAGGACAUGGGCGGGUUGGCGGACGUGAUUGCGCUGGAGUUUAUGAUCUACGACGUGAAUGACAACGCGCCGGUGUUUGAGAAGCAGUGGUACACGUUUAGGGUUGAGGAGGGGAACUACCCGAUCACGGGGACGCGAAUUGGCCAGGUCAGGGCGACGGACGAGGAUUUGGGCGUGAACGGGAACGUUUCGUAUCUUCUGCUGGCGGAAGAUGAUCGGAAGAUUCCGUUCGCCAUAUCGCCGCUGGAUGGUACGAUCAGGGUUUCCGGAGAGGUCGAUCGAGAGAUGGUGGCUUCGUACAGAUUCAAGGUACUGGCGUCGGAUAACGGAGUUGACCUGAAGCUAUCGGCCAUGGUGGACGUCGAGGUGAUCGUGCAGGACAAAAACGACAACAGUCCGGAGUUUACCACGUAUGACGAUCUUCAGUUCGAUCGCAACAGUGUCAAGCGGCUUCCGGUGUACGUGUCGUACAUCAACGUUAACGCCAAGCCGGGCACGUUCGUGAAGCAGGUGCAAGCAAAAGACAACGACUUUGCCGAAAAUGGAAACGGAUUGGUGAUUUUUUCGCUAAGCGGACAAAACGAUCUGCUUCAGUUUUCCGUUGAUCCUAAAGAUGGCGUGAUCACCACAGCUUCAAAGUUUGUCCCACCUUCCGGUAGGAAGAGCUACCAGCACGUCAACGUAACGGUGAUAGCUUCGGACUUUGGGACACCUCCGCGGUCGAGUUCGGCUCUGCUGAUCGUCAACCUGCAAGGCGAUCCCGAUCGAUCGAGCGUCUUCGACGAAAAGAUCCCCCUCUUUCCGUACAAGUACUACGAGAUCGAGCUGCGUGAGAACGACCACGCUCCGCGGGUGGUGCUGAACGUCACGUUGAACAAGAAGCACUCCAAGGAGCUGUUCCGGUGGCAGAUCGUCAACGAUGAGUUCGGUGAACGCUUCCGCAUUGACGAGCGGAACGGGUCGCUGUGGUUGCUGCAGCCGCUUGAUCGCGAGGAGCGAGAACUGUACGAGAUCAAGAUUCGGGUUGACAAGGUCAAGAAUCGGGAGAGUCGGAACGUGCCGAGUGUGCUGUACGCGCUGGAGAACCCGGUCAGGAGGAAGUCCCACAAGCUGUACGACAACGAGGUCGAGAUACUGAUCAAGGUCAUGGAUGUGAACGACAAUGCGCCGAUUUUUAAGGAAAACGACGGUCCGAUCAUUGCGGUUGUUCCGGAUCGUGCGAACUACGGCUACCCGGUGUUGAAAGUUGAGGCUUACGACGAAGACUCCGGGAACAACGGGGAAAUUCGCUACUCACUGCUCAACGAACCGGCUCGCCUGUUCGACGUGGACGCCCUCACGGGUCAGAUUCGACUGCUGAGUUCGCUGGUGACCUUCCAGGAUCGAGUGUUCGGCUUCGACGUCAAAGCGACCGAUCGCGUCGGUGCCGACGACGGAAAGUCCACGAUCGCGAACGUGUUUGUGUACGUGCUGAACGCCCAACAGGAGGUCUGCCUGAUACUCGCGGGACCCCCGGUGGAGAUCGAGAAGCAGCUGGGUAUGAUCACGAUCAGCCUGAGUAUGGCCACCGGGUACGACGUCCGGAUACGGGCGCUGGAGAGCAACGACAAGGUCGAGGACGCCACCAAUUUGUACCUGUACGCCAUCGAUCGGAGGACCAACUCGCUGGUUGAGAUGGGCGAACUUCAGAGAUCCUUGGCCGCGCUAGACAUGGCCAACCUGAAGCCGAACCUGCCCAUCAUCGAGCUCACCGAUCUGUCGUCGAACGCGCUCGAGCCGCACUCGUUCGACGCGGGUUCCGGGGCGGGCAUGAAGGGCAUCGAGCUGGCCACCGUCGUCAUCGGGGGACUGAUCUUUGCUGGCGGGACGGCAACGGCGCUGUGCAUCGCGUGUGCCCGCUAUCGACGCUUGAUUCCGCUGCCCCACUUGAGUGGUGGCAUUGGCGGCGGCAGCGUCUCGCAGGACGUGCGCGGUACCGGAAUCCGCAACACCGGAACGUCCACGCUGAAUGCCAACAGCAACAACGGUGGCGGCGGUGGAACCAACGGAAGCAGCAUUAGCCGACCGAUCACGAGGGUGGACAUCCAGCCGGUGAUAAACCGGUCCGAUCUGAAGAGUUCGAUCUUCCAUCCGAACUUUCACCGGCAGUUUGUGACGAACAUUAGUACGGAGUCGAGCGCGGUUCCGCCGGUCAAUGAGGAGAAUAAUAGUGAUAGCUACGAGGACUCGCUGAAGGAUUCGCUGACGUCGAACACGAGCCUCUGACGAGAGGGGGCGGCUCCCCCUGGAUCGAGGGGAAGCCAAAUGCGUCGCUGCCAGCCCCGCCAGCAAAGCCAGCUGUACAGAAUAGCCGAUAGGACGAACCAAAAAUUUUAGACAAACAACAAACAAAAGUGCCCUGCAAUAACUCUAGCAAGCAAGCCAAUGUUCGAUAAGUAUUAUUUGUUAUCUAGUUUUUUAAGGUGAGCGUUAGCGUGAGCGUGAGUGUGAGCGAAACAAGUGCAAUCGAAGCAACCGGUGACAAAGAUUAAGAUGCAAACUAAUGUUGUAAAUAAAAACACUUUUAAC